GGAUGGGGAGGGGAAUGAGAGGAUGACUCUAUCGACGCCCCAGACUGCCGCCCUCGAGGAGAGGCUUCUUGGAGGAGCAACGUCGUUUACGGAUGGUUACUCGAGUAAGGAUGCGGUGCGUAUCUUUCCCAAGGCUGGGUCUAUUCUCCUUUUGCAGCAACGGAACUUGGUUCAUGGAGGAGAUGAUGUUUUUCGUGGUGUCAAGUAUACUGUGAGUUCGGAUAUCAUGUAUAGAAAAGAGGUAAAGGAGUGAGUCCCUUGUGUUUAUAUGAAGGACUAGUAUAUAGUAGUUUAUAGUAGGAGAAGAAGUAAUAGUCGAAUGGAUUAUUGGAAGGGGGGGUGUGCU